GCAGGUUUCUGGGGUUUGGGGGUCUCGGGGUACAGGUGUUCCCUCUGCGACUGUGAUAUCGGUGGAGCUCACAGCACCACCUGUUCUCCGGAGGACGGUCAGUGUCAGUGUUUGCCCAACAUGGGGGGGCGCCGCUGCUCCGAGCCCACCGCCGGCCACUUCCUGCCUCCUCUGGACUACUUCCUGUACGAGGCGGAGCUCGCCGCUCCACUGCAGGGAUCUCCUCCACCUCCUCCACCUUCUACACCUCCUCCUCCUCCACCUCCUCCUCCUACACCGUCCUCUUCUUCUCCUCUGUUGAGCCCGCUGGUGUUGCCGCGCUGUGAGCAGAUUUACCGAGAGCAGGGUUACGACUUUAAGGUCCGUGAUGGAGUGGUGGUUCUGGUCCGAAGGACUCGACGUGCCGGCCGCCGGAGGAGACAGAACCUUCCUCUGGAGCCGGGCCAUGCCCUGCAGAUCAUCCCCCGUCAGAGGGCCGGGGGUCAGCUGAUCACCUGGACCGGCCUGGGAUUCGUCAGAGUGCUGGAGGGGGCGGGGCUUAGGUUUACUGUGGACAACCUCCCGUCGUCCAUGGAUUACCAGCUCGUGAUUCGCUACGAGCCUGAGUCUCCGUCUGAUUGGUUGGCUUCAGUCAGCGCCAUUGCAGGGUCGCCAGGCAACGGCGGCUGCAGAGGCGACCCAAAAGGAAGUAGAACUCUGAUCCUUCCUGGAAACUCCAGAGGGGGAGUUCUGGACUCUCCGCUGUGUCUGAACGCUGAUGCUCGGUACCUCGUGGACGUCGUCUUUAACAAACAGCCCGACGGUUCCAACAGCAACGGCAUCCUGAUCGACUCGAUGGGUUUGAUCCCCAGCAUCGAGUCGGUCCAGGACUUCUGUUCACAGACCGACCUCGACUCUUUCCGCCGCUUCCGCUGCAUCGGAUUGGCCGCUGAGCUCGACCCUCAGGAGGGGCUGCCGGAGGUUUGUGAGGGACUCGUGAAGAGCAUGUCGGCAAGGAUCCACCGCGGAGCCGUCCGCUGCAGGUGUAACGCUGCCGGUUCCCUCAGUCCGUCCUGCAGUAAACUGGGAGGAGUCUGUGAAUGUAAACCCAAUGUGAUUGGCCGUUGCUGUGAUGCCUGUGCUCCGCUGACGUUUGGCUUUGGACCCGACGGCUGCCAACCCUGCGAGUGCCACGCUGCUGGUUCUGAUCCGCUCUGUGAGCAGGUCAGAGGUCAGUGUUCCUGUCGGAGAGACAUCGCAGGCCGGCGGUGCGAUCGCUGCCGCAAAGGAUUCUGGGGAUUCCCGCUCUGUCGACCCUGUGAGUGCAACGGCCUGUCGGACAAGUGUGAGGAAGACACAGGAGAGUGUGUCGAGUGCAGGGAGGACGCCGCAGGGCCACACUGCGACAGGGAUGUGUAUGGAGGGUUUUAUGGCGACCCGGUCUCCAGGCGGCCCUGUGAGCCCUGCCUGUGUCCUGGCGUUCAGGGCAGCGGACGAUUCUUCGCCACUUCCUGCCGACCCGACCCAGAAUCCCUCAGUCUGAGCUGUGACUGCAGUUCAGGCCACUCAGGCCCGCACUGUGACAGGUGCAGCCCUGGUUUCUAUGGCGACCUGCGGUCUCCAGGCGCCGGCUGUGAACGUUGUCUCUGCAACAACAACAUCGCCCCGGAGGAGCGAGAUGCCUGCGACGCUGUGACAGGGGUCUGUCAGCGCUGCCUGCACGGCACGGGGGGCGAGCAUUGCCAGCACUGCAGAGCGGGGUACUACGGGGACGCCCUGCUGCAGGAUUGCAAAGAAUGCACCUGUGAGCGGCGGGGCACGGAGGUGACUCAGUGUCCGGAGGGCAGUCCCUGUGUCUGUGAACCUCAGAUGGGCCAGUGCCCCUGCAGGGGGGGGGUACAAGGCAUCCUCUGUGACCAGUGUGAGGACGAAUACUGGAACCUGGGGGGGGGCGCGGGGUGCCAGCCCUGCAGCUGCGACACCGCCAACGCCUUCUCCAACACCUGCAACAAGGUGACGGGGCAGUGUCCGUGCCAUGCUGAGUUCGGAGGAAGACAGUGUGACGUAUGUGGAGAAAACCACUUUGGGAAUCCGGACCUGCAGUGUUUCUCGUGCGACUGUAACCUGGAGGGCACGGAGCCCCCGUCCUGCGACCCUGAGACCGGAGAGUGCCUCUGCAGGGAGGGGGUCUCGGGGAUCUUCUGUGAUGAGUGUUCCUCGGGGUACUCUGCGUUCCCGCUCUGCGCUCCGUGCCACACCUGCAGAGCGCUGUGGGCGCAGCAGGUGGAGGACGUGCAGCGCGCCGCUCACACCAUGAGGCGCUUCAUCCCUUUCCAUGACAACCAGCGGCCCACAGGCGGUCGCCCCGAGCAACGGAUGCUGCAGUUGCAGGCGGCGCUGCAUCUCCUCGGCAACCUGACGGGCGACGCCCCAUCCAGGGUGGAGCAGGUGGAGCACCUGAGAGCGAGGGUCGGGAAGCUGCAGGACGGUCUGGACCAGAACCGGAUCCUGAUGGACACAUCCGCUCUCCUCCACACAGAGCUGGACAACAUUGGUCUGGAGUUCAAGAAGCUGCUGAACAACCUGAAGGAUAAAACCUUCACGGAUCAGAGCGCCGGAGACAUGGAGGACGAGGAGGGGCUGCUGGAUGAGAUCCAGAACCAGCACAGGGCCUUCAUAUUGGACGAGAAGAAGGUGAGAAAGGCCAUCACAGCUGUGGAGGAAUCCAUGGACACCAGACAGGAAGUGAAGCGCCGACUGAGCACCUGCAGCCGAUCAGACUUGGAGCCGCUGGAGAGGAGGGUCCUGGAUCUGAGGGUGGGAGACCUCAACCGGAGGGUCUGCGGCGCAUCAGGUCCCGACGGGUGCUCAGGAUGUGGAGGCGCUCUGUGUGCUCUGGACCUUGGGGGAAGGAAAUGUGGCGGCCCAAACUGCGACGGAGCGUUUCCUGUCAGUCAGGAAGCUUCAGAGACGGCAGAGGGAGUGAAGGACAAACUCAGCACACUGCCAAAGGCCCUGCAAGACGCCAACACCAAGAUCGAUGAUGCCACACGGGAGGCUCAGCUCACCAGAAGAAAGGCCAAAGACCUCCAGGACCAGAUCAACAGCAACAUCGACUCCCUCCAGAGAGAGAAAGAUAUAACCAAGGCGCUCCUCCAGCGCGUCAGAGACUACCUGAUAGACGAGAAGGUUCCUCCAGAGGACAUAGAGAAAAUGGCCCGCGCUGUUCUGGACAUCAAGCUGCCGAGAUCCCCGUAUCAGACCCGAUCACUGAUCAAUGACAUCAACAAUCUGCUGUUCAACACCAGUAGCCUCCAGGACAGCCUGGAGAACCUGGAGGAUCACGCCAGGACGGCCCAUGACCUUCUGAAGGACGCCCGGGAACUCAAGGAGCGGACGGAGACGGUGGACCUGAGCGGGAUCAGUCGAGAUCUCUAUGAAGCGGAGCGAGCUCAGGACAAAGCCAACGACCAGCUGCACACCUCCACUGGGGACAGGGACCGGACCAGAGACCAGAUCCAAGACAUGAGAGACAAACUGGAGGACAUGGAGACGAAGCUGAUGAGCCGGAGACCUGAAGACCUGCAGGACCAAAUCCCGGCCCUGAAGGAGAAGACGGAUCAGAACCGAGAGACAGCAGGAGGCGCUGGAGAGACCGCAGAGAGCGCCGUCAAGCAGAGCGCCGACACGCAGCCGCAGCUGGACCGGGCUCUGAGUCUCUUUGAGGUUCUGCAGCUGAGGAACAGGAACCGGAAGGGGGGAGACGCAGAACGUCUGAAGAACCUGCUGCAGGAGGCUGAGGACAUGAAGACGCUGCUGCAGGACAAACUCAACCAGAUACAAGGUAUCGAGCAGAGGAUGGAGGAGCUCCUGAGGAACAGGUCAGAUCGAGCGGGUCAGGUCUCAGAUCUGCUGCUCGCCGCCGACGCUCUGAGGCGAGAGAUCUUCAGCCGAGCCGAGGGAUACGCCAUCUGUACUUCAUAGUACUACUGAGUACUACAGAGUACUACAGAGUACUUCAGAUGAAUACAGAGUACUUCAGAGUACUACACACUGGUGUAUGUGUGGGUGUGUACAGUGUGAUCCAUCACGUUGUUACUGUUAAAGUAUAAUUGACAGAUUUUACUCCUUCGUUUCUUUAAACUUGAUGCUUCACACUGACCCUACAGGGUACAGAAUAUAUUUUAAUCUUCAGAGGUCUUAGCCCUGACUGUGUUGUACUGUAUGUACUGAGUACUGCGUACUGAGUACGCAGUACGCAGUAUGUGUAUGACUGUGGUCUUACAAUAAAUAUAAUCCAUCGGUCAUCAAAAA